GUCAUAUUGCAAACAUGUGCGAACAGACCACAACAGCAGUUGAGCUAUUAUCCAACCUAGCCGACAUCAUCAAGAACAUCGCAGUCAACCUGGACAGCAACAGACUGGACAGGUACAGGAUCAGAAAUACCCUCAAAGAGUAUGCUCGUCGAGCCGAGUCUGACGGGCGACUCAUCAAUGCCUCGAGACAAAAUUCACAAUGUGCCGAACACGGCCUGUUCCUAGCCUUCAUACACAUGGAGUUUAUAGACUCGCUGGUGAAAUAUAACUUCACCAUCCCCGCAUCAUCGGUCAAAUGGUACAACUGCAAGUCGCUGUUUAAAAAGUAUCGGUUAUCGUUGUUUGGCAUCUCGUCGCAGACAAACGACUUGGAGAAUCAGUUGAAGCAUCUUCAGGAAAACGCGGAGUUGCUUUAUGCGGAUUUUGAAGAGAAUAAUGUAAUGCUGAUACUAAUGUUGCAGUCGGAUGUGAGAUCUGCAAAGUUAUGACUGGGCUAAAUGAGAGAAAACUCCCUAGAUUCGGAUUCCACCGACUCCAAUUACAUAUCGCAAGGUCCCGGCUUGUGCUCCUAUGGCU